GCGCCUGCGCGGGAAGUCGUGCGCCGGCGCGCGUGUCGGGUGCCCCUCAGGGGCAGGCUCCGGAACGAGGUCGGAGGGCAGAGCCUGCGGGAGCGGCCCCGGGGCCAGGACGGCUGCCGACGCGUGGUCCGGGUCCGUGAGGAGCCCUGGGGGCCCGGCCCGGCGCUCCGGUCCUCGUCCACCGGGCUCCUCACGGGGGAUGACCCCCAGCGAGGUGCCUGCGUCUACGUCCGGGGCGGACCCUGCAGGUUUUCUAUCUGAUGUUCCACCGUAAUAAUGCUGGAGUUAAGAAGUCUCCGUUUCUUUGCUCCAAACCGGAAGACUUUGUUUCCUGCAUAUAGAGUAGGAGUAAUGUUGGUUAGAAACUGGCUGGUGUUUAAAGGUGAAGAUUGUCUUGACUGUUUAACCUAAGCCCUAUUCUGAAGUAAGAAUAACUGUCUUGGAAAUACUAAGUUGGGGUAACCCAGAUUUGCUUUUGGAACCAUGAAAAUUUUGCUCGUUUUUGACUUUGACAAUACAAUCAUAGAUGAUAAUAGUGACACCUGGAUUAUACAGUGUGCUCCAGAGAAAAAGCUUCCUAUUGAACUACAAAAUUCUUAUAAGAAAGGAUUUUGGACAGAAUUUAUGGGCAGAGUCUUUAAGUAUUUGGGAGAUAGAGGUGUAAGAGAAGAUGAAAUGAAAAGAGCAGUGACAUCAAUGCCUUUCACUCUAGGGAUGGUGGAACUUUUGAACUUUAUAAGAAGGAACAAGGAUAAAUUUGACUGCAUCAUUAUUUCAGAUUCAAAUUCAGUCUUCAUAGAUUGGGUUUUAGAAGCUACCAGUUUUCAUGAUGUGUUUGAUAAAGUGUUUACAAAUCCUGCAGCUUUUGAUAGUAAUGGUCAUCUCACUGUGGAAAAUUAUCAUGCUCAUUCUUGCAACAGGUGCCCAAAAAACCUUUGCAAAAAUGUAGUUUUGGUAGAAUUUGUAGAUAAGCAGUUACAACAGGGAAUAGAUUAUACACGAAUUGUUUAUAUAGGUGAUGGUGGAAAUGAUGUCUGCCCAGUAACUUUUUUGAAGAAGAAUGAUGUUGCCAUGCCACGGAAAGGUUAUACUUUACAGAAAACUCUUUCCAGAAUGUCUCAAAAUCUUGAACCUAUGGAAUCUUCUGUUAUAGUUUGGUCCUCAGGUGUUGAAAUAAUUUCUUAUUUACAAUUUCUAAUAAAUGAGUAACAUGCCAA